CCCUUCUCUCCGUGGCGGAAGCUGCAGAUGGCGCUGGGCUGGGGCUUUCCCCGCCUGUCUCCCGUGUUUAUCCUUUUUGCUCUCGCCGCCGCCCAGGCGCCCUUUGAGGCCUUCCAGGCGGGCCACAGCGCCUCCUCCCUGCCCGCCGCUGCCGUGGCGGCGCCUUUCAGACGGUACCUUUUAUAUGAUGUCAAUCCACCUGAAGGUUUUAACCUACGUAGAGAUGUAUACAUACGAAUUGCAUCUCUUCUGAAGACCUUAUUGAAAACUGAAGCUUGGGUAUUGGUUCUGCCUCCUUGGGGACGUCUUUAUCAUUGGCAAACUCCUAAAAUUCAUCAAGUUCAAAUUCCUUGGUCCAAAUUUUUUGAUGUUCCAAGCCUCAAUAAAAACAUACAUGUUAUUGAGUAUGAACAAUUUCUUGCAGAGUCAGGUGGUCCUUUUAUUGAUGAGGUCUAUGUCCUGCAAAACUAUGCUGAGGGAUGGAAAGAGGGAACAUGGGAGGAGAAGAUUGAUGAAAGACCAUGCAUUGACCAGCAUAUGUAUUCAACAGACAAAGAUAAAUAUUACAGGGGAUGGUUCUGGGGUUAUGAAGAAACUCGGGGCCUUAAGGUGGUUUGUUUAUCUGUCCAAGGUUCUGCCUCUGUUGUAGCCCCUUUGCUUCUGAAUUUAUCCAGCAGGUCAGUGAUGCUAGACAGAGCUGAACAUCUUCUUCAUGACCAUUAUGGUGGGAAAGACUACUGGAAUACUCGUCGAAGUAUGGUGUUUGCCAAACACCUCCGUGUGGUGGGAGACAUGUUUAGAGCCAAAUAUUUAAACUCUUCUGAUGAGAAGGACAGCACAUGGUACUCUGAAGACUGGAGAACUAUGAAGGUAAAACUGGGCACAGCCAUUGGUGGCCCAUAUCUUGGUGUUCAUCUCAGACGCAAAGACUUCAUCUGGGGUCACAGAACUGAUGUGCCCAGCAUUCGGGAAGCAGUUAAGAAAAUCCACAGCCUGCUGAAGUUGUAUAAGCUGGAGAAGGUUUUUGUAGCUACUGACGCCAUUGUGCAGGAGGUUGAAGAAUUAAAAGCACUUCUUCCAGAGAUGGUGAGAUUUGAACCUACUUGGGAGGAAGUGGAGCUCUACAAAGAUGGAGGAAUAGCAAUUAUUGACCAGUGGAUAUGUGCACAUGCCAGAUAUUUUAUAGGAACCUCAGUUUCAACAUUUUCUUUCCGCAUUCAUGAGGAAAGAGAAAUUCUGGGUUUUGACCCCAAAACAACUUACAACAGAUUUUGUGGAAAUGAUGAGAAAACCUGUGAACAGCCAACUCACUGGAAAAUUGAAUAUUAAUAUAUUCAAUGUGUUGAACUGCAGCUGCCACCCACCAAAGAAAUUAAACAAUUAUUUUUGUGGAAAGAAAUUGGUUUUAAAUGUGUUUCCUUCUCUCUUUUUUAUCGUUUCUGGUUAGUACAGUAGCUUAUUUCUUAAACAAUUUACAGUUGUCAGUAUUAUGGUUGUAAUUUAAAAAAAGCAAGGUGUUCAACUUGCCUCUAAUCAAACCAUCAAGGUAGACCAGUUCACUUCAACCCACUACUUUGCUUCACCAGAAGAUCCAGCAGAAGUGACCACUGAAGGCCCUCAAAUGGCAUGGCAGCUUGGCUGGGCUGAACGUUUGGAACUACAGACCCCUCAAAACUUUGCAAAACAGCCUGAAAGAGGUCACUUCAGUCAUGGGUUUGAUCAAAGCAAAACACACUUCAUGGAUUCAAAAAUUCCUGGUUUUAAUUGUUGACUCUGAGAAGUCACAUAGACGUCCCCUGUUUUAAAUCUGAUCAGACAGCAUUUUCUAAUGGAAUUAACUUGUUUCUAAAACAUUUUGCUGGAACUAAAUUUGUUUACAAAAACAAUUUUUUAAAAAAAACUAAUGAAGUGUGUAAGAACUUGCAGUUCCAUUUUAUUUGUGAACUGGGAAGAAAGUACAAGGUAUAUGUGGCUAAACAGAGGUGGUAUGUCCUAGUCAAAUUGGUUGUUACGAGAAAUUUUAAAUUGCCUAAAUUGUUCUCCCUCAUUUAUGUCAUCUUUCUUUUGCCUUUAGUUAAUUUACUAAGCUAUGCCUUGUUAUCCAGAGUUGUCUCAGAAAAUCAAAUGUACGCUUGCCAAUUUGUUACGACUAACAGAGUUGUUCCACCUGUGGUGCUAGAGUGAAAGCAAAAUGAGUUUAUGGACAUUACUUAUGUGGAUUUUUGUUUUUUGUAUCUGUAUUGUAGGGAUAAGAAGAGUUUUAUCCUUUGAGUUCUAGGUGUGUUCUCUGAGCUUGGUGGUUUUCCUACAGACAUUUCAUUACCAGGCAAAGUAACAUCAGUGCAGGAAAUGUCUGUGGGAAAACAAUCAAGCUCAGUGAACACCAGGAACCCCACAGAUCAAUCCUGAGUGACACACAUUCUCUACUAUUGGAGUAGAAUAGUUAUCUUUCUCUCACCCUCAUACUUUUCUUGAAGUUACUUAUCCUUUGCUCACUGUUUCUCUCUUGUAUCCUCUAGCUGAAAUGUUACAAUAGCAAAUAAUUGUCUUUAUCAGAUACUUGUCAGUAUCUAACUUGUCCUGGAAUCUUCCUUAAAAGCAAUACGCAGGCAGUCUCUUAAAAUUCUUUGAUCUACCUGCAAACUAUUUUUUCUUGUCCUCUUUUCAGAACUCAGUUAAAAUGUGCCAUAAAUGAACAUUUGCCAGAUAGUAAAAUAGAGGCUUCCUAGUUAUGAAAACUUGCAUCUGCUCUACAUUUUAAUCUCAGUUCUGUUCUUGAAAUAACACACCGAGAGUGUUUAUGUUCUACCACCAUGAAAAUUCAGAAUUACAGGAAAAAUGUAGGAGCUGUAUUCAGCCCCGCAAUGAGUGGGAGCAACUAUGAAAUUCAUGGAACCAACACUUGCUCUUUUUUCCCCCAGCCUUCUUUGGUUCUAUAAUUUCAAGUUGCUUUAUUCAGCUAGGCAGAGACGACUUUGAAAGAAGAAAACAAUCUGACCUGUGUUUUCAAAUUAGCACAAUUAGAAAAAGGGGGCAGAGAGCGAGAUUAAGGGUCACAUGCAUUAUGUGGAUCAUUUAAAGAUAAGCCAGUGUGUUCACUUCUGUUUUAAUUUGUACUUCUUUCCAAUGUAAUAUGGUCUCCAAUAAAAAGAAUCUUC